AUGCAGGAAUAUGAGCCUGAUUUUCAUGAAGAGUGUGCAACUGCUUCCGCAUUCUUGCCAGUGUUCGUGUACUCAUUGAAGUUGUCUCCACUCAUAGAAAAGAUAAGUGACCACAAGGACUUUAAGAAGCUUCUCAGGACACGGAAUAAUGUACUAGUGCUGUAUUCCAAAUCUGCUGCUGCUGCAGAAAGCUCACUCAGGUUAUUGUCCAGUGUGGCUCAGGAGGUGAAAGGACGAGGUACUAUAAGCUGGAUUGACUGUGGUGAUACUGAAAGCCGAAAAUUAUGCAAGAAGAUGAAAGUAAAUCCUAAUUCAAAGGAGAAAGGAGUGGAAUUGCUCCAUUAUAAGGAUGGUGCAUUUCAUACUGAAUAUAACAGAGCGGUCACAUUGAAGUCUAUUGUGGCCUUUCUCAAGGAUCCAGAAGGUGCUCCACUGUGGGAGGAGGAUCCUGAAGCCAAAGAUGUUGUGCACGUUGACAGUGAAAAGGAAUUGAGAAGGCUUCUAAAGAAGGAGGACAAACCCCUUCUGAUGAUGUUCUAUGCCCCAUGGUGUGGUGUUUGUAAGAGAAUGAUGCCAUCUUACCAGCAGGCAGCCACAGAACUGAAGGGUAAAUAUGUUCUUGCAGGGAUGAAUGUUUACUCUGCUGAAUUUGAAAGGAUAAAGGAAGAAUACAACGUCCGGGGAUAUCCUACAAUCUGCUAUUUUGAGAAAGGAAAGUUCCUGUUCCACUUUGAGAACUAUGGUGCUACUGCGGCAGAUAUAGCAGAGUGGCUGAAAAACCCACAGGCACCUCAGCCACAGGCUCCAGAAACUCCCUGGGCAGAUGAAGAAAAUGUAGUUUAUCACCUGACUGAUGAGGACUUCGACAAGUUUAUAAAAGAUCAUUCAUCUGUGCUAGUGAUGUUCCAUGCACCAUGGUGUGGGCACUGUAAGAAAAUGAAGCCAGAAUAUGAGAAAGCUGCAGAGUUUCUCCAUGCAGCCAGUGAUAGUCCAGGUGUCCUGGCAGCAGUCGAUGCUACUGUCAACAAGGCGCUGGCAGAAAGAUACCACAUCUCAGGAUUUCCUACUCUGAAGUAUUUUAAGGAUGGAGAGGAGAAAUACACUCUGCCACACCUCAGAACGAAGAAGAAGAUCAUCGACUGGCUGCUGAACCCUGAAGCACCACCUCCACCUGAGCCCGCAUGGGAAGAAAAACAGACUAGUGUUAUCCACCUUGCUGGAGAAGACUUCAGGGAGUCCUUGAAGAAGAAGAAGCACACCCUUGUCAUGUUCUAUGCACCAUGGUGUCCCCACUGUAAAAAUGCCAUUCCGCAUUUCACAACUGCGGCCGAAGUCUUCAAAGAGGAUCGAAAGAUCGCCUACGCUGCAGUGGACUGUGCCAAAGAACAGAAUCAUGACCUGUGUAAGCAGGAGGGGGUUGAUGGCUAUCCCACUUUCAACUAUUACAACUACGGUAAAUUUGUGGAAAAGUAUACUGGAGAAAGAGGGGAGUCUGGAUUCACCACUUUCAUGCGAACAUUGAGAGAACGAGACCAUGAAAGAGUAGGAAAGAAGAAGGAUGAAUUGUAGUUUCUGCCUCAAUCGAAGCUUCCGCUGCACUGUGAAUGGUUCCAGGUCUUUUGUUAAUGAACCUGAGACUUCACAAAUUCUCAAGACAGAGACUUUUUUGUUUUUUUUUUAUAAACAGCCAUGGCCAUUUUGUAC